AUGCGUAUUCGCCUACAGCCUCGCAGGAGACCACAAGGUAAGCGACCCCCAGGUAAGCUGAAUGUUGCCUUGUUGUCUUUGCCCGCUCACCACCUUCAUUUCAGCAAUGAGCUAGCUCAACGGCUAGACAACCUUCCUAUCGCUGCCGCCGACGACGCCGCCGCUACCGAGAACGCCUCCGUGGAGAACCGCUGGUGUCAACUGCGAGACACGGUCCAGUCGACGGCGCUCGCCGUCCUCGGUCGCGCUCCCCGCCAACACCAGGACUGGUUCGACGACAACGACGCCGCCAUCGAGCGUUUGCCGCAAGUGGAGACCAACGUGGACCUCGACCUCCCGCCAUCUCUCCAGGAGACCAUCAGGACCGUGCAGCAGCUCUCCAGCGGGAAAGCACCCGGAUCGGACGCAAUCCCUGCUGAGGUCUACAAGCACGGAGGUCCCCAACUAAUGGAUCACCUGACUGCGCUCUUCCAAGAGAUGUGGCGUCAAGGUGAAGUCCCGCAAGAUUUCAAAGACGCAACCAUCGUGCAUCUCUACAAGCGCAAAGGGAAUCGCCAAGUCUGCGACAAUCACCGCGGCAUCUCCCUGCUGAACAUCGCCGGGAAGAUCUUCGCACGAAUCCUCCUCAACCGCCUCAAUAACCAUCUGGAACAGGGCCUUCUGCCGCAAAGCCAAUGCGGCUUCCGUCGUCAUCAUGGGACCACGGAUAUGAUCUUCGCCGCCCGUCAACUUCAGGAGAAGUGUCAGGAGAUGCGGACCCACCUGUACUCUACCUUCGUGGACCUGACGAAAGCCUUUGACACGGUGAAUCGUGAAGGACUGUGGAAGAUCAUGCAGAAAUUCGGCUGUCCGGAACAAUUCACUCAGAUGGUGCGUCAGCUGCACGACGGUAUGAUGGCGCGAGUCACGGACAACGGAGCUGUCUCAGAGGCAUUCGCAGUUACCAAUGGAGUGAAGCAAGGCUGCGUACUGGCACCUACCCUCUUCAGUCUUAUGUUCUCUGCCAUGCUGAUGGACGCCUACCGCGACGAACGCCCCGGGAUCCGCAUCGCCUACAGGACGGAUGGUCACCUCCUGAAUCAACGGCGGAUGCACUUCAAAUCGCGCGUAUCCACAACCACCGUGCACGAACUCCUCUUCGCCGACGACUGCGCCCUGAACACCACCUCGGAAGAGGAGAUGCAACGCAGCAUGGACCUGUUCUCCGCCGCCUGCGAGGACUUCGGUCUGGUCAUCAACACACAGAAAACGGUGGUGAUGCACCAACCGCCACCCAACUCGGCCACAGUCCCCAACGCGCCGCCGCAAAUCAGCGUGAAUGGGACCCAACUGCAAGUGGUGGAGAACUUCCCGUACCUGGGCAGUACUCUCUCCCGCAACACCAAGAUCGACGACGAAGUCGCCAACAGGAUCUCGAAAGCCAGUCAAGCCUUCGGUCGCCUCCAAAGCACAGUUUGGAAUCGUCAUGGUCUCCAACUGAGCACCAAGCUGAAGAUGUACAAGGCCGUCAUCCUGCCGACACUACUGUAUGGAGCAGAGACUUGGACGGUGUACGCAAAGCAGGCACGUCGUCUGAACCACUUCCACCUCAGUUGUCUUCGUCGUAUCCUGAGGCUGAAGUGGCAGGAUCGAAUCCCCGACACUGAUGUGCUGGAACGGACAGGAAUCCUCAGCAUCUACGCCAUACUGAGGCAAAUUCAGCUGCGCUGGAGCGGCCACCUGGUGCGCAUGGAUGACGAGCGACUACCCAAACGACUCUUCUAUGGAGACGUCGCGACGGGUUCUCGCCGUCAAGGAGGCCAGAUUCGCCGUUACAAGGAUACCCUGAAGUCCUCCCUGAAAUGCCUGCAAAUCAACCCCACCAACUGGGAGGAGCUCGCACUCGAUCGACCGACCUGGAGGAGGACAGUGAAGACGGGCGCUGCGAUCUACGAAGCCAACCGCAUCGCUGCCGCCAAAGCGAAACGUGAAGCCCGCAAAUCACAACUUCGCCCAGUAAGCAACGCCGCCGCACAACCGCUUCCAACGUGUCCUCGAUGUCAACGGACAUUCCGGGCUCGAAUCGGACUUGUUGGACAUCUUCGGAUUAACUGCGCCUCUCGAACGGCACCAACCAUCGUUCCCCCGCCUGCCUCUUCCUCCUCCUCUCCGCCGCCAACUAACCCUGGCAAUUCUUCUGACCCAUCACUUCCAUCAUCCUCCUCCUUCUCAUCCUCCUCCUCCUCCACCUCCUCCACGCCCACUGCUCCAACGGCGGCCGCUCAGGCGACUGUCCCACGCACAGCAACCGACACUACCACCACCUCCCCCGACUCCAGGGAUGAGGAUCAGGACUACACCUGCCCUCACUGCGACCGUACCUUCACCUCACACAUCGGCCUGGUCGGUCACUUGCGAAUCCAUCGCACCGAGACUGGCGAACCAGUGCCUGGAGCACCCACCUAUACCCACCAAGCUCGUCUCAACUGCUCACACUGUCCUCGCACUUUCAGGCAUCGCAUGAGCCUAUUCGGCCACAUGCGCAUCCACGACGACCUGCGGUAG